CUCCACAUCCAUGGUCCUCCCCCAUGGUAUUCCCACCCGAUAACAGGGAUGGGCUUCCCUGCUGCAUGUUGUGCGCCUGCGCAGUUUGUUGAAUGCAAUGUUAUUGUUGAUGCCAACUGUCUGUGGCUUUGGUUUGCGAAUUAACUCUUAAAUCGGUGAUUGUGAAAUCCUUUCUACGAACCAAAUAUACGUUAACUACAGGGAAACUUUUGGAGAUCAUCCUUGUUCAGGAGACUGUUUUUGUUUUACUUUUUUUAACUCCGGUCUACUCUGAACCAUGUUUCAGGACACGGUGAAGAACUUCAAAAUCAAUUUCAACGCUUUAAAUCAGAGGAAUACGUUCUCCAGUGGCGAUGUGAUGACAGGACACAUCUCAUUUGACCUCACAAAGGAAAUGAAGAUCAGUUCUAUAACGAUGACACUGACAGGAAAGGCAAAUGUGCACUGGUCCACCGGAGGUGGAAAAAAUCAGAGACGGAGACACUAUUCCGCAAAACUGGACUUCUUUGACCUAAAAAGUGUCAUCGUGCAACAAAACAGUGCUACCGGUGGGGCUGCAACUUUCAAGGCUGGCACGCAUGUAUACCCGUUUACAUGCCAGGUCCCGCAAGGGAACUUCCCAUCCAGCUUCCAUGGGGUUUAUGGACACAUAACGUACAACUUGACAGUGGCCGUCCACAGACCCUGGCAUAUGUCCAAAGACUUUGUGACAGAGUGUAAUUUUGUAAACCGGAUUAAUACCAACCAGCCAGAGCUGCAUGCUCCUCUCUCGGGCUCCAACAGCAUGACAGUGUGCUGCCUUUGGUGUACCUCUGGUCCUAUCGAGAUGACAGCCAGUAUAGAGAAGAAAGGCUUCAUGCCUGGUGAAACUGUGAAGAUCAUUUGCGAGUUUAUUAAUGGUUCAUCUCGAACAGCCACUCCAAAGGUGUCACUGCAACAGAAACAGGUUUUCUACACCCACAACAAGAACCACAGGAGAAUGUAUGUCAAGAAAUUGAUGUCCUCGACUGGACAGCUCGUCAGUGAACGCAUCUCUGACCGUCGCACUGUGAUUGAGCUCACUAUUCCCUCUUCUGCAUCCCUCACCAUCUCUAACUGCAGCAUCAUUAAUGUUGAAUACUUGAUUGAGGUGAGCUUCAGCGUGAGAGGUUCCCCCGACCUCGAUGUACUGUUUCCCAUCAUCAUGUGUGAUACCCCUGUUGACGCUCAACCACCAUCUUAUUUGUGAGUUUCAAAUGUAUUUAAUAUUACAUUGUUUUCUGAGAGACAACAUUUAAUAGUGAACAGAAAUGUCUCAGUCGGACUUGUUACUGCGAGAGAUCUAUGAAUCCUAAAUAGCGUCAAUUUCAGUGCUGUAACUGAAAAUUGUGACUGUUAAACAUUGUGAUAACUGCCAUAGGGAAUCAUACUGCCUUCACUCUGUGUUCAGAGUGAUAUAUAUUUUAUUACAGUGGAUUACUGUUAACAUCUAUAGAAAGUGUAUUACAUUUCAGCGUAGAAUUUAGUAGUUUUAGUUCAAGUUGAAGCAUUGGGUAAAUAAUGUGUUACAGUUUGAAUGUCAAAAAAUAAUUCUCAAUCAAUGCUGAGUGAAAGUUACGUUUAUAAAGUGUUUUUUUUAUACAUUAAAUGUAUUUACAGUAUUGUAAAAUAGGAAUAGAGAUAUUUUCUUUGUGGGCAUACUGCAAAGCUGGGCUUGAACCUCAGUGCCUUUUUCUUCUCUUUUUUUUCAAUAAGCAAAUGUAUGUAUUCCCCCCCCUGUAUUACAAUCAUAUAUGCAAUUUCUUAACCGUGGGUUUCUCAGAGUUUAAGGUGUUUUGACUAUUCAUUAUCAUCUGUGUGCCUUAAGACUGAUUUAUGUCAUUUGAAAUACUACUAAUACAACUCAUUACCAAAGAAUACUUUUCUCUUAUGCUGCAUUUUUAUACACUUGCACCACGCAGGUGUCAUGUUCCCAAAAUAUGUAUUGUCUUUCAGCAAGAUGUUACUUUUAGGUUUUCCUAAAGACUGUCAUACAAUUGCAGAAAAAAAAGACUAUGUAUUGAUGAAGUUAAAUAAAACAUU